UGGCUUUAGUAGCUCUGAUGGCUUAUUUCUGUGUUCUCAUCUGGCCGCACAAAGUUCUUUCAUAUCUUUUGGCUUUCCUUCCUUGGGUUCUCUCGGUGUUGCUGUGCUGUUGUGCCAAUACGGUACAGUAAAGCUCCCACUUGAUCUCUUGCACUUUCAACCAUAAACAGACAGACAUCGUCUAUCCUCAUUCACCUUGAUCCAUCCAUCAUCACUCCAGGAUCAUCUGAUUACUCUUCAUACCAGAGGUAGAGUAGAGUCAGCUACAAAGUGUUGGCAUAUACCUUAUCUUAUACCCAAAUACAACAAGCACCUGCCAAGAUGAUGUUAGCUUCCAAGUCUGCCACUCGGCGUUUCCUGUCGGUCCACAGAACUACUAAUAGUACUAGUAGUACUGCUAUUCGCUGCAGUUCCAGUCUGAGUGACACUCCAGCUCCUCGGCAAUCGUUGAUUACGAGUGAAGAUGGCGUCCAUCAGAACAUGAAGAUCAGCAAGAGCUGGCGCAACAAACCACUCUUUCGUCGUCAAGGCGACGUCCGUUUCAAGACGGGCAUGGAAGCGGCCAACUUGCUCGUCAAGGAAUGCAUGCGUCGAGAUUCACACGAAAAGGAAUACAUUGAUUCCGUCACGACGACGCUCCACUGUCUCUCGCCCAUUUUUGAUCGCAAUCCCAAAUACGCCUUUGUCGCCAAGACACUCAUGGAACCCGAGCGGUUCAUUCAAUUCCGUGUCGCAUGGAUUGACGAUUUGGGGGUUGUCCGUAUGAAUCGAGGAUUUCGUGUCCAAUAUUCCUCUAGUAUUGGACCCUACGAAGGAGGAUUGCAUCUCGGAUAUCACAUUAAUACCGGUGUCAUCAAGGCACUCGGAUUCGAUGCCGUCAUGUCCAAUGCACUCACCGGAUACAAUUUCGGUGCGGCCGUGGGAGGAUCCGAUUUCAAUCCAUUUGAUAAAUCGGAAGCCGAAAUGCAACGAUUCUGUCAAUCGUACAUGACCGAAUUGGCAAAGUACGUUGGACCCGAUGUAGAUAGUCCCUGGAUGGGCAUGGGUGUGGGACAGAAGGAAAUGGGAUAUCUGUUCGGACAGUACAAGCGAAUUGGUAUGAAGCAGGGUAAUUCCGGACGACCCUUUCUUUCCACAUCCAACACAUUAUUUGAAAAGGCCCCCGGUUUCAGCACGGUCCACAUGGCUGCCGAAAUGUUGGCCGACAAGGGCGACUCGCUCCAAGGAAAACGAUGCAUGAUCAUUGGAGCCGGAAAGGUCGCACGGUCCGUCGCCGAAAAACUCAUUGAGUACGGAGCCAUUCCCAUUACAUUCUCCGAUCCUAGUGGACAUGUAUACGAAGAAGACGGAUUCACCGAAGGAAAAUUCAAUAUUAUCAAUCAAAUCAAGGAAGAACGUGGAGCACUUUUAGGCAGAUACAUUAUUUCAUCCACCACAGCACAAUUCAACACCCCCGACCACUUGCUCGAUAUUGGAUGUGAUUUGUGUUUCCCCUGUGGCGCCAUGGACGAUAUUGAUGAACUCGCCGUCAAUGCAUUGGCCGACAAUGGAUGUCAAGGCGUCAUUGAAGGGGGACACAACUGUGUCACCCCCAAUGCACGCAAGAUUUUGAAAAAGAGAGGACUCCUCUACGGACCCCACACGGCCACACUCACGGGCAAUGCCAUUGUUCAUGCGUUAGGAGAAGGUGCCACGGAUGCGGAACUCAAAGAAAAUGUCAAGAGAAUCUACACCGAUGUCAAGGAUACGGCCCGAGAAUUCAAUGCGCGAGGGGAUCUCUUUGCCGGAUCCAAUAUUGCUGGAUUUUUGCGUGUCGCCAAUGUCAUGAUGAUGCAUGGUGCUGUAUAAGAACUUUAUUUUACAUCAUCGAAUCACUCCAUACGUUUCAUUCAUUGCUUGCACAAGCAACCAUAACGAACGUACGUGUGCGAGCGUGAGUCGAGUCAACGAAGCAGACAAGUGACAGAAGAAUGACUACAUCAUCAUCAUAAUGACAAGAAUAUAAAAUGAAUGAAAUAAUUUAAGUUUUGUGCGUCUGCC